AUGGUCUUGAACUUCAAAUCUCCCGAGCCAAUCCCCAAAAUCCAGACUGUAGCUCUGGUUAACGAGCUCGGUGGUGACAUCGAGUUCCGCGAGGAUUACCCCGUUCCCACGCCCGGACAGAACGAAGUACUCGCAAAGGUUCUAUAUACGGGGGUCUGCCACAGUGAUCUCCAUACCAAGAGUGGUACCGCCGCAAGCGCAGAUGGCAAGCCCCAUACCAAUAAGCUCCCGCACAUCGGUGGACAUGAAGGUGUAGGGCGAAUUGUGGCACUGGGCCCUGGAUGCGGAUCAGAUCUGAAAGUCGGAAGCUUCGUCGGCAUUCGCUUCUCCAGUCGUAUCUGUCGGAGAUGCGAUUUCUGUUUAGCUGGAAUGGAGCAACAUUGUGUGAAAGGGACCAACCAUCUGGUCCACGAAGACGGCAGUUUCCAAGAGUAUAUUGCGCUUGACGCGGACUACUUGACAAUCUUGCCGGACGAUAUCGACCCAAGGGUCAUGGGUCCUGUCCUAUGUGCUGGCGUCACUGCAUACAAAGUAAGGGAUUUCCUCACCGUGGAAACUAAAUCUGACCGAGUACAGGCCGUUUUGAAAACCAACAUCCGCGCAGGUAACUGGCUGAUAGUAGUAGGCGCUGGCGGUGGCCUCGGCCAUCUGGCAGUCCAAUACGCAAAAGCACAAGGAGCUCUGGUCAUUGGGGUAGACGCUGGCGAUAAAAGAGACUUUGUGUUGAGCCUCGGGGCCAGGGAAUUCAUUGACUUCACAUCCACCGAUCCCGCCCAGCGGGUCCACGAGAUCACCGGCCUCGGGGCCCAUGCGGUAGUGGUUACAGCGGGCAGCGCGAAGGCAUUUGCACAUGCGUGUGACAUGUUGCGUGUCGGGGGUACGCUGAGCUGCGUCGGUAUACCGCCAGGACGCCCAGCCCUAGAAACCCCCAUCGCCACCAUUGUUAUCAAAGGUCUAAAGAUCACGGGAAGCCUCAUCGGGUCGCUGAAAGAAUGUAUGGAAGCUGUGGAUCUGGUUCGCCAUGGGGUAGUCAACCCGGUUAUCAAGGUCCGUCCUUUUAGAGAGCUCCCUCAGAUAUAUGAGGAGAUGGAAAGGGGUGACAUAGCGGGAAGAGUUGUUCUUCAGGUCUCAGAGUAA